GAGCAAAACCGUGGAGGCGGGUUAGGUGGGCGUGCAAAGGCGGCGCCUCUUUCCUGCCUGCAAGUUUCCUCGAAGAUGAGAUGAGACGCCAUAAGCAGCUCCGUCUAACAGCCUACGAAUGUGACGCUCUGAGCCAGAGCCCGGAAGGGGUCUCAUCCUUGAUACAGCCUUUGGGUCAGAGCCAAGGGAGGCGAGACGCCCACAGAGGUCUUUACCCAACUUACCGGACGAAAAAGCACCCCCGAGUCUCCGUGGGCCACCAAUUCAGCAUCACCGACUACUUUGGAAGCAAACCCCAACCGCCUAGAUGUGCAGCUGUCGUGGCAAAAGACAAUGAGAGCAAACGCGAGGUAGACUUCCUGGAAUCCUUUUUCGCUCGCGAUGACUUCUUAGACCCGGAGGACUCCUGCUCUGUUGUCGGGGACGGCGGGGGCCCAGCGGCUUCCAGGAAACGGCCACAUUUCUCCGAGAGCCCCAGCAACCUCCGGGCGGGCAGUGACCAAUGGGACCAGGAUAAAAAACCAUCACUGGAGCAGUUUUCUGAGCAGCCCUGGGCUGACGGAAGCCUCAAGGCGGAUGCCAACGACUUGGAGACCGAUCCUCUGCCAGAUGCGUGUUUUGGGCUCUUAGGGACCCCGUCUUGGGAGGUUCCCCAGGGAAGCAUGGAGAAGCUGCCCGACGAGGUUCUUAGGGAGAUCUUUGCCCUUGUGCCCGCGGCCGAUCUCUUCCAGAGCCUCACCUUGGUGUGUCAUCGCUGGAAUCGGAUCGUCUCUGACCCGCAGUUCGUUCCUUGGAAAAAACUGUACUACAAGUAUCUGAAGUCUGAGGCCCAGGCCAAGCUCAUUGUGAGGGCCAUCCUGCAACGAUAUGACCUGACCCCCAUGCAGAGCCAAUUUCCGCUGGGGUUUUUACGGUGUGUUGCUUCUGCGAAGAGCCAUCACUGCUGGGACCCCGGAGCGAUCCGCCAAUGCUUGACAAACCACUCUCUGUUUCCCAAGGCAGAAGCCUGCCUUGCCAGCUGGCUUCCUGAGCUGUCGAGCCCCAAAGCGGGACCUCCGUAUAUUUGGGCCAUAUUUGCUACCAUCGUGCUGAUGUCUGGAGGUGUCUGUGAUGUCCAGGAGCUGGUGGCUUGUGUUAGGAGACCCAGCUCCAGCCUCUCGCUAGUGGACAUCAUGGAAGUUCUGUACUGCAUGGCCACUGUGCUGUUUGCCAUGCGGGAUAAAAAGAUUCACAUCAGCAACAGGUUUCACUACAGCAUUUUCUACUGCCUCUAUCUCCUGGAGAAUUCUAACAACGGCAUGGCAGUCGUUAAGCCGGAAUGGGGCAGCACCGGAUACGAAAGAGGCCCUCAGUGCAGCAGCCCCGAUAUACGACUCACUUGUGAACAGAUGAAGAUCUUAAAUCAAGCAAUUGCACCAAGGGAAGUUAUGAAGAUCAUCGCUUUUGCAGGGACAGGGAAGACUUCCACCCUGAUCAGGUACGCUGAGAGAUGGUCCAACCUCAGAUUCCUGUACCUGGCGUUCAACAGGACCAUCGCGGAUCAGGCGGCGCAGAAGUUCCCCCAAAACGUGACGUGCAGGACGGUCCACUCCUUGGCCUUCGCAGAAGUCGGGAAGCACUACAGGAAGAAGCUCAACGCUGGCUCGCUGAGCUCCUAUUGUGUCAGCUUUGUCCUCCGCCACCGCGAGGGCCAGUCGUUGUACAUAAGAGCCAAGACCGUGAUUGAGACCCUCUCGGCGUUCUUUGCCUCCGCCGACGAAUCCAUCACUACGGAACACGCGCCCCUCUGGUGCAAGAACAACCAGGGGCAGCUCGUUUCUGUCCAAGAAGCGGAAAAGCGAAUCAUUGUUGACGAAGCAAACCAAAUAUGGGAAAAUAUGAAAAAGUUGGAGCCCAGCAGGGAGACAGCUUAUAAGAUGACCCAUGAUGGGUACUUAAAGCUCUGGCAGCUCCAAAAGCCUUCUCUUUCCCACUACGAUGCAAUCUUCGUCGACGAGGCCCAAGACUGCACCCCCGCUAUCAUGGACAUUGUUCUCUCCCAGUCGUGUGGGGCCAUCUUGGUAGGAGACCCUCACCAGCAGAUCUACUCCUUCCGUGGCGCGGUCAAUGCUCUGACCGAAGUGUCACACACCCACAUGUUCUACCUCACAAAGAGUUUCCGGUUUGGUUCCGAAAUAGCUUACAUCGCUGCUACACUCCUGGACGUCCUCAAGAAAGUUCGAAAGCAGACGUUGGUCGGCGGCAGCCAGGAGGGUGAUAUUACCGGGGCUGACGUGACGGGGAAAGUAACUCGCUUGUCUCGGUGCAACCAAACCGUCUUUGAGGAUGCUGUGAAAGUUACCACCGGAGAACCACUGGCUAAAAUACACAUCCUUGGGGGGCUUAAAGCCUUUGGCCUGGAUAAGAUCUUUGACAUCUGGAAGCUCCUCCAUCCUGAAUUGAAACUCGAGGUGAAGGACCCCUUUAUCAGGAGGUGGGUUGAUAAGGGCCUCGCCGGCCUCAAGGACUACGCAGCAAAGUCCGAAGAUAAGCAGCUGGAGAUGAGGAUUGCCAUUGUGGAGAAAUACAAAGAACGAAUCCCGGAGCUGGUGAAAAGAAUAUCGCAGUGCCAUGUGUCCGCUCCGGAGACUGCAGAUCAUGUCUUGGGGACCGUCCAUAAGGCCAAAGGCUUGGAAUUCGACACCGUCCAAGUGGCCGAUGAUUUCAUGAGCAGCAUCAGCAUAGCUUUCACGCAGCAUGCCUUCGAGAGGAUACCCAUUUUACGCGCCAACGCAGCCUCCGAGGACGAAUGGAACUUGCUGUACGUCGCCGUCACCCGUGCCAAGAGGCGCCUCAUUGUCCCGAAGUUCCUGACCCAGAUUGUGACACUGGCCGGGGAGCACUAUUUUCAGCCCGUAUUAACUAGCGAAGUGUGCAAGGAGGCAGAAAUUCGGUGUUCUGGGCGGGGCUGCUCCAAUGUCAUUUCCAGAGACACUGUCCUAACCAUGAAGAAAACGCCUUUUGUUUACAGCGACGGAACCAAAGAGCCCGACGGCUUCCUUUGCGACCCUUGUGUGCAGCAGCGCCUGGCCCUGAUACGGCUGACCAUUGGCUCUCGUGCGACCCACGCCGCAGAAGGCGGCGGCGGCGACGAAACCUUCGAGGUCCCGGAGACCAUCGACAUCCUCUUCGAACGGGAGGCCUCGCCGGGGAUGGGCAGAUAAGAAAGCAGUUUUUCAUUAGGACUGAUGGAGCGGUCCUGUUCCUAGGAAAACUGGGUUGGCGUCAACCAAGGAGGGUCAGUCGGAGGAAGGCAGCCCGGGGAGAGACACAGUCUGCAGAAAUACAAUUCAUAGGUCAGAGGGCAGUCACACAUCUCUGCCGCGUUUUAGGGGGGAGAGGAAAGCUUGUCUUGCCUUCUGUGUGCCACCAAAGUUUUCGGACCUGAAAUACCACUGGGCCUGCGCUCUGGAUGGCAUGGCUUGAUGGGGGAAGUGGGUAGAAUUUUAGCACAGUGGUCAACACUUGCUCCUCUUGCACUGGUAGGGACUGGGGUGUCAACGGGGCGUCGAGGUUCAUGGGCCAUAAAGUCUGCGCGCCCCUGUGGCGGAAGGUGUCUCCAAGUGUGCCGGUAGCAUAAUCUGGUGCCCUGCAGAUGCCGAUUCGCCACCUGCUUACCAAGCUUUUGCUAUAAGCUGCAUUCAAACUCUUCGUCUAUUGCAAGUGUCAAGG